AUGAAUUCUACGGAAUUCGACUGGAACACAAAACUGAAACAAUCUUUCGAUCGUUUUUAUCCAUCGGUUGCAUCGUCCUUCUCUUAUAUUCAUAUACGCGAAAUACUUGUUACGAUUGGUUUGAUCGCAAUAUUUUUACUUUUAUUGAUAUUAUUAAUACAGUUUCUCAGUAAAGUGCGCGAAGCAUAUAAAACAAGUACACCACGAAGACGAUUCAAAAAAUCUUAUGAAAAUCCACCAAAAUAUUCACUCUAUCAAACAUUACUAAAUGCAGAUAAAAGCCGGUGUAAAUGCGUUCAAUCUUCAUGUUUACCUAAAUUGCAAUGUACUAAACCAAAUUCUCAAGUAUACAAUCGUUCUGUUUAUUACGAGCAACUAGAUGAACGACAAACAAACGACACUAGAUGCCGAGUAUUUACUCCUAGUAACCGAUCGCCUGUUCCUAUUCAUUUUGUAAAAUAA